UCAUGUGGCGCCAUGUUCGAAGAAUCCGACUCGGUCGUGGAGAAGCUCAUCGAGGGAGUUCGUCUUCACCCAUGUGUUUACGACACGAGGAAGCUCGAGUACCGCGACACGGCCAGGAAAGACAAUGCUUGGGAGGCCAUCCGGGAGCUGUGCGGUCUCCCCACAGUUGGAGACUGUCAAGAACUGUGGAAGAGGCUGCGUGACCGCUUCACGCGUGAAACCAGGGCCCUGGAACUCACGAAGCGAAGCGGCAGCGGGUUCAUCGCCAGGCACACCUGGGAAUUCAUGCAGGCCAUGGAAUUUUAUAAAAACUGUGGCCGUCCUAAAAAAACAGCGUGCAACCUGGACACGAGACCACUAGCAAUGGACGCCGACGGGGAUGUCGCGGCAGAAGACUUUUUUCAUUUGAUCCAGAGUGGCGCACCGUCGCCUUCUGAGGACAACUGCAUUGAUUUGGAGCAGAUGGAAGUGGGCCAAUCACAGCUAAAUAAUGAUGGUGAUGAGCCCGCUCUGCGUGCAACGACGGGGGUGUCGUCAGGCGCACCGAAAAAGCGUAAAAAAGUGGCGAAUUUGAGCAGCAGCUGCUCUACCAGCUGGACAAGAAAAUGACGGAAAAUGAGGCUUUUGGCAUGUCGAUUGGUAUGAGCCUGGACAGGUUGUUUAGGCCUGACGCAGCAAAGUGCAAGGCACGAAUAAUGGACAUCAUUGCAGAAUAUGACAACUAAUUAUUCGACAAAUGCUGCAAUUACUUCCGUUACUGUAUAUUUUUAUAACAAAG